AUGCAGCUUUUCCUACAGUGCGAUAGGGCAAACGGUCUCUCCCUCUUUGACCUCACCUCUGGUGCCUCUCCUGCCCCUGCUGCUGAUGCUGAUGCCACUGUUCGCGCACAGUGGGCCACACGCGAUGCUGCUGCACGUCUUGCUGUGCGUCGCCACCUCCCUACCUCCGAGCGUGCGCACUUUAGCCAGUACAAGAGUGCUCAGACCUUGGGUGUUCCCCCUCCCCCCUUUUGCCCUUUGUUGCCUCUGCUGCUGCGGCUGACCUCGUUGGGCUUGAGUCGGUCGGUGCGGCGUCUACCCCUAGUGGGAGAUGCCGCCCUGGCAAGGGCAAGGGGGGUAAGGGCGCUGGAGGAGCUAGCGGGGGCGGUGGAGGCGGCGGUGGAGGCGGCGGAGGGAGUGGGGGUGGCGGUGGAGGUGGUGGCGGGGGUGGAGGUGUCGGGGGCGGCAGUGGAGGCGGAGGAGGCGGCAGUGGCGGUGCGAGCGGAGGUGGUGGCGGGGGUGGAGGCGGUGGAGGAGGCGGUGGCGGAGGAGGUGGAGCUGGUCCGGGUGGCACUGCGCAGAGGAUCGGCUGCGGUGGAGGUCAGCGCCAGCAGCAGCAGCACCCGCAGCGCACUCGUGACAUCACCUCCCCUCAGCAGCUCCGUGAGUGGUACACUGCACGCCAGCGGGGUGGGGGUACUGGUCCGUGCACCUACGUCCUACGCACCGGCGACCGCGCGGGUGAGCAGUGCGGGGGUGCGCACUCCACCCAGCGCUGCUUUGGCCGCCUGA